GCCGCUAUCCAACGCUUCGUUGGAGACGCGCCCAUCAACACUUUCCCGCCUGAAGCUACCCAAAAUAUUCUGGACGAGGAACUCAAGAAAAGAGAAGCAGAGAGAUUGUCCAAGAGUGAACAGAAGGAGCCUGGGGCUGGCAGGCGAGCUGGAGGUGCUACACGAAACCCAGAUGAU